AUUGGCUGGAUCUGCUGCCUGUCACGCUGCCAGGCAGAGCGCUGGUGCCCGGCUGCCCGCUGGACCAGAGGAGCAGAUGUGUGUGGAGGGACUGGCUCUCUUCUCAAUGGAGAGAAACGCUGCCGUUAGGUUCCUACUGCUUUGUGUGUGUGUGGGAUUCGCGGUGCCUGCGGAGCAAGUGAUUGCAGCGGCGGAUGGCAGUUCACGUGCAUUUUCAGAUCAAGAUUCUCUGCAAAGAAAUGGUCGACGUUAUGACGGCAGUGUGAAACCAAAAUUUAAUGUAAAUCAAGUAGCAAUUACACAGGUUGUCAGCUACAAUUUGAGCCGGAAAGGACAGUGGGAAAAAGCAUCCUGGAGGCCGUUCACCCACAGCCACUACAGCCCUCUCAAUGUCACGGUUAAUGGCAGCCCCUGCAUUCUCUUCUGGGCCAAGAGGAUCAUGAUUAAGUUUGAAAACCACACGCAGCUGGAUUUGACGGAGAAGACGUUUGGUGUCCAUGCAACAGUGGAUAUUGGAGAUUCAAACUGCAGUGAAGACAAUGCAAUGCUUUCUCUGAAGUUUGGUGACAUUGGCAAUCUAAAGGGACUUGUUAUUAGAUUAUUAUUAACAACUAGCUAUUACCAGCUGUCUGUUCAGAACUGGUUCAGUUUACACAGACUGCAACUUCUUUACAACCACUCCAUACAAGCGACGUUUAAUGCAACCAGAAUAUAUGCACCAGCAAGUUACUCCUACCACUGUGAACAUGUGAGCAGCCUGCAGAGAUAUGAUGCACUCCUCAUACCCAGUUCUGCAAAUGAUCUUUCAAAGCUUUGGGAAGUCACUUUUAUUGAUUUCCAGAUUCAAGGUUUUAACAUUCAAGAAGGACAUUUUGCCUAUGCAAAGGACUGUGCAUCCUUUUUCUCUCCAGCAAUACUUAUGGGAUUGGUUAUGUCACUGAUUCUGCUGCUGGUUCUUGCCUAUGCUCUUCAUAUGUUGAUCCACCUGAAAUCUCUUGACAGGCACUAUGAAUGCAAAGCUUCUCCAGCCUAUUUUGCACAGAUGAAAGACAAUGACAUGGGGGAUGAGAAAGAGCCACUGAGAAGCAGUGGAAAUGAGUCUUAUGAACUUAGAAACCAACAAUUAUGUAAAAUCUAUAUUUAGCAGUAUGCAUCUGUCUCAGUGAAACAAGUGGUGUUUUCUUCUGCUGGCACUGUUAUAGGUAGCUUGUGCAGAUUUUUUCACCAACUGAUGAAAGGAAAAUUAGGUAACAGACUGUUUAGCUUGUUACUGUCUGUUAUUUAUUGAUAACUGUCUCAAAGAUGCCUUGGAAAGAAAAAUUCCUUUGUGAGUAAGAGAUUUCAUGUGAUGUGAGUUUAUUCCUGUAGUACAAAACCAAAAUGCAUCUUUUCAACCAGCUUACCAAGACCUGGAGGGGGAAGCAGUUAUGGACCCUUUGAAGUUAAAUAAAGAUACAAAAAAAAAAGAAAAAAAAAAAUCUUUGCUUAUUCUUUCAGAAGGCAAGAUUUUUCCUGCUUUUGUAUUUGCUUCAUCCACCCUGCUUUGUGUCCUGACAAAAGAGCAUCCAUUCCUUUCUCCGUAUAUGUUUUCCUUUUAUUUUUCAAAUUACAUCCUCCCUUCUUUGUCCUCAUAAACUUUUCUUCCUUUGGAGUUUUGGAGCCAUAUAGGUUGCGUAUUAUGCACUGCACUGGUGAAAUAGCGAGGGCUAUGGUACAGCAGCAUCUUGAUACUUUUCUCUGUCUAAGAUGGAGGAUUACUGUAAGAUCUAGUGGGAGAAGAGUAGACAUCUGGUCGAAGGCUUACCCUUAACUUUCCGGCUCAACUCUAUGCCAAAAGACGGAUUAUAAGCAUUAUACCCUGUAAUUCUAGGUUAAUUUCUAUCAAAUCCCAUCAGUCUCCCUUGAGAGUUUUACCUGAGUGGAGAUAGCCAGUGCUGUUAUAGAAACUAUAUAUAAACAAAGUGGUGGAAGCUCCCCAGCAGUGAGAAGGAUACUGCAAUAUAAUUUCCACUACUCUUUCUGACUGUUAAGAUACUGUAUUCCCACUCAUCCUUUAUUCUGUUAGAGUCAAAGUUUGGGAACUCCAAAUUAGC